GCAGACCGCGGAUAGUAGUUUAUCCAGCUUCCAGGUCCUAUCUCCAUCGUUCCUAUCGCGUUGCCUGCCUCAAUUGUGCCACUAUCGUCGACUAUAGAGUACCAAGCAAGGGUCUAUCCCCCCUUUCCAUCCACGGAUAAGAAGGGAGCGUUCCUCGCUAUCUGUUUUUUUUUUACAUUCGGACCCAACCAUAAUGUCGCCCUCCUUGGAUUCGAAGCUCGACCACAAAGACGACGCCGAAUCGGACAUCCACGACAUCGCUUACGGUCCCGAUGGCGAGCCCAGUCAUAAUAUCGAGGAUUAUUUCAAGUUCGAUCCUAAGGCGGAGCGGAGGCUCGUUCGGAAGCUGGAUGCGAGGCUCAUGCCACUUAUCUUUUUUCUGUAUGUCUUCAAUGCCAUCGACCGGUCGAAUUUGGGAAAUGCGAAGACGGAUGGGCUGGAUACCGACUUGAAGUUUAAAGGGAACGACUACUCGAUAAUGCUCUCCGUUUUCUAUGUCCCAUUCUGUACCCUCACUGUCCCAGCAAUCGCCCUCUCAAAGAAAAUCGGUGCCAAAGUGGCACUCCCACUUUAUAUGAUCACUUUUGGUGGAAUGUGUAUGAUCAACGCUGCAGUGAAGAACUUUGCGGGCUGUCUGGUGGUGCGGCUGUUCAUUGGCGCAGCGGAAGCCGGGUUUGCUGUGACCAUUAUCUGGUAUCUGACUACUUUUUACACGCGUGGUGAGCUGGGAAAGCGCGUGGCCGUGUUCUAUUCAGCCUCUGCUUUUGCUGGUGGAUUCUCUGGAUUGAUUGCCUACGGGGUGUUCCGGACAAAUAUCGCCCUUAAGGGUUGGCAGCUACUAUUCCUCAUCGAGGGUGGCGCGACUGUCUUCUUCUCAAUAUUGGCGAUAUUCAUCCUACCCGCGAAUAUCAACUCGACGCCGUUUUUCUCGGAAGAGGAAAAGCACGUCGCGCGGACGCGUAUCCUCCGUGAUUCGUCCGCGGUUAUCAACCAGAAGCUUACAUCGAAAGCUUUCUUCGCUCCCCUCAAGGACUGGAAGCUCUAUGUCUGGGCUUUGAUCGCCAUAUGUUAUGGUGUAGCUGCUUCGUCAGCUGGGACGUUCCUCCCUCAGAUUAUCGGACGCAUGGGUAAGGGAAAGUUGACGACCAAUCUGCUUACGGUCGCACCCAACUUUGCCGGCGGGUUUGCUGUGCUGCUCACGGCGACCUCGUCGGAUUAUUUCCGAGAGCGAUCGUUGCAUAUCGCGGGUGCGAUGUCUAUAACGAUGAUUGGGUUCAUCGUCAUUGACACUGUUGACGUAAAGAAGACUGGGAUUCAGUAUUUGGGUUCUUUCCUGUUGUGUCUUGGAGCAUUUACGCCUUCGACUAUCUUCCACGUGUGGCAUAAUUGCAACGACGCAUCUGAAGUCGGACGUGGUUUCCGUACGGCCCUCAUGACAUUCUUCGCGAACUCUUCCGGACUCAUCGCAUCGAACAUCUUCAUGGCCAAAGAAAGCCCGUACUACAACACUGCGCUCGUAGUCAACUUCAGCUUCCUCGCUGUGGGCAUAGGCCUUAUCCUCAGCUUACGGACGUACAUGAUGCUUGACAAUAGACGGAGGAAUAGGGAACAGGGCGUGAACUGGUCGAGCAAGGACGUGCCGACAGCGGCGCUCGCCGUUGGGGUGGCGAGCCCAGACUUUAGGCAUUUCCUUUAAUGAAGGAGGUUCCUGCGUUUUGAUGAUAUAUAGUACUAUUUUUAUGUUUUUGACGGCACAUAAUGCAAAUUUACGACUACUGC